CAUUGCGUUCCUUCUCUCCCAGUGAAAAUCAAACUGUUCUCAACAGAGGAAAAGCAGCUCCCAUAUUCUUAGCUAGAAGGCAUCAGGUGGGAAUCAAACUCUGCGGAAAUGAACUCACUGAGAGAUGAAUGCUUCUCUGUUUUGUUUUUUCCUCAGGCAGGAGAAGGUGAAGAAAGAGGCUUGGGACAGGGAGGGUAUAGCUUGGAGAGGCAAAAAGAUGAGGGAAAGGUUAAGCAGGAAGGAUCUUGAGAUGAGAGAAACAUGUAAAUCUCCGGUUACUCCCAUCCUCAGCCCCUGUCCCCUUCUACAGUCUUCUCGAUUCCCAUCCCAAGCCUCUAGCCACAGUAACCACACAACUCAUUUCCCCUGGAACCGAGGAUGCAUACCUGGGCUCCCCAAGGAGGGGAUGAUGCAGGGAGGGAAAUCCCACCUGCUGUGAGUCACCUGCUACUCUAGGGCGGAUCUUAAAUGCAGGGACCUUAAAAAGGGACUCAGAGGCACGGGAAGAAAAACAACAGGAAGCAGCAAAGACACUCAGCGAACAACUGAGGAAACACAGCCUGACACACACUGAGCAGAGUCCCGCUGAGAGCAAGGGGAAGUGGGCAGAAAUUCCACGAGGACGUGCAAGGCACAGCGUCAGAGCAGCGAGAUGCUGGGGAGCGGGGCUGUGCUGCUGCUGCUGCUGCUGGUGCCCUGGACAGCUCAGUGCCGGACUGUGCCUGCGGGAGGCAGCCCUGCCUGGGACCGGUGCCAGCAGCUCUCACGGAAGCUCUGCACACUGGCCUGGAGCGCGCACACGCCAAUGGGCCAUGUGGAUCUGCCAAGAGAAGAAGAAAAUGAGGAGAGUACAAGUGAUGUCCCUCAUAUCCAGUGUGGGGAUGGCUGUGAUCCCCAAGGACUCAGUGACAACAGUCAGUCCUGCUUGCAAAGGAUCCAUCAGGGCCUGUUUUUUUAUGAAAAGCUGCUGGGCUCAGACAUCUUCACAGAGGAAACUUCUUUGCUCCCCAAUGGCCCUGUGGGCCAGCUUCAUGCCUCCCUGCUGGGCCUCAGGCAGCUCUUGAAGCCCGAGGGUCAGCACUGGGAGCCACCUGAGCAGACUCCCAGCCUCAGUCCCAGCCAGCCGUGGCAGCGCCUCCUACUCCGCCUCAAGAUUCUUCGCAGCCUGCAGGCCUUUGUGGCAGUAGCUGCUAGGGUCUUUGCCCACGGAGCAGCGACCCUGAGCCCUUAAUGCCACAGCUGAAGAUGGCACCCAGCUCCCCUGGCUCAGCCAUACUGAGCUAACGCUCUCAGCCAGGCACCGCCAUGCUAACAAUCAGCCCGUUCAUUUGCAUGGGAUUUGCUUAUGUUGAAAAUCGACCGAUACUGACUAACUUAUGAUGCUGACCUACAACAAGGUCGAGUAUUUAUUAGAUGGGAGGGAAAUUUUCGGGUUAUUUAUCUUCAUGACAAGUUUGGGGUGGUGGAUUAUUUAUUAUAUUUAUAUUGAAUUAUGUAUGUUUAUCAAUAAAGACUUAUUUA